CCACCACCCAGAAGAUAUACACGCCCUCACCAUGUCUACCUCCAACAACCCCACUACCACUGGCAACCUUCAAGCCCACGGAUUGGCUCAUGUCCGUGUACCCGAUGACGCCAACAUCGCCGUCUGGAACAUCCUUUGCAAUAGUAAAGAAGUCCCCUCUCCUCAUUGUAUCCACCAACUCUAACCAUACCAUCUCCUUAGGCCCUUUCACCGUUGACAUCGCCGCCGAGUCCAGUACACCAGAAGCCAAUCCCGGUCGCCCCCAGUUCCUCAAAGGUAUCACUUUCAACGCCGAAAAAGAAGAAGAAUGGAACAACACCGUCCUUCCCUACAUCCGCCUUCUGACUUUCACCGUCGCCUCUACCACCGACACCUACUUCAUCGGCGAUAUGCUGCAAGUCCUUCCCGACAUCGACAAGAACAUCCUCAAAGUCGACAUGAACGGCUUUCACUGGUUCUCCGGGAUUACCGAUAACCGAAGUUCGAACCGUAUCUCGCUCUCGCUUCAAGUCUGCCUGAGCUACAAGAGAUGA